AUGAAUUCGCUCGUUACAUCUACGGAAUCCCUGUCAAUAUCAUCAAAAACAACCGUUGAAGAUCUACUGAAUUUUACAAAAGUACAAAUACAUACCUUCCUCAGGUUAAAUCACAUGAAAAUAAGUGGAAACAAACUGACACUUGCCCAGCGUGUUGUUGAUGCUAUACGAAUGCAGACGAUCGCUGAUUCUGUUGAGAAGUCUGAUACUGAUACAAACGUUGAUAAUAAUAUCAACUCGUUAAGUGCGGACGGCGCCCGUACCAUAUCAGAGCUAUCAUCACGCUGGAUGGGAAAAUCUUUCCAUUUCCCUAAUGUGACCAUCAAUGACAUUGAGAAAUAUCUCCUUCACAGUAGCCACAGGACGGAAGAUGCUGGUAAAAUGCAGUAUUAUAGACAGUAUAUCAGGGGAUUGAACUUUUACAAAGGUUAUAUUCACAAAAUCAGGAUUAAUGAAAUAAGCGACACUAGUCAACUGUGCUACAUACGUUCAAAGUACUAUCCAUCCAUGCAACAAGGUGUAUAUGAGCAGUGGAUGUUGGUAACAAAGGAUGGUCCCUUUCAAGUUGUGAAAGCGAAUUGCACAUGUCCUGCAGGUAUUACAAAAAACAAAACAAACAAUAUGGAUAGAGAGGAUGAAAUUCUUUUAAAUGCUUUAAUGGACUACGAAAGGGGACUAAUUGAUGACGAUGAGCUGUGGUCGAGCCCAUACGAGGGUGAAAUGGACAAUUUCGACAACAACGAAACAGCGAUACCCCCUAGUGCCCAAUCACCAUUUGAGAUUAUUAUCCUCUCAGAUGAUGAAUAUGAUGAUUCUCAAGAAGUAAUCCCACCGUCCCCGUUUUCACCUAAACUUUUUUCGGACAACGAGACAAUAACGCCGCCGCCGUCUUCACCUUUUAUUGAAGUAAUUUCCAGCGACGAAGAAGGAGCACGUAAUGCCGCACCCGAAAGAUUGUCUGGACAGCGUGGUACAGGUGAAGAACAACAACAGUUAUUCACGAACACCUCCGAAUAUCAUCAGUUUAAUCGAAAGAAUAGGUGUCCCUUACACAGAAGAUUCGAUAGAAUCUCUGCGAAAGCAGAGAUUUCUUGA